AACGCCGCACAGCGCACAGCUCGCUGCCUCCAGCCUUAUAUAUAUAUAUAUAUCGGUCUCUUUCUCUAUCUCGCUCUCUCUCUCUCUCUAUAUAUAUAUAUAUAUAUCGCUUUGAUCGUACAUCUCGUGUGCUCGUGGCAAGCUACACUUUCGAUUAAAUCAUUUUUCUCGUAUUUGAUAACGCGACGCGUUUCGUUUUGGUGUUCAUAACGUGUUUUUUGGCUAUUGAAACAUAUUUCAAUUAAUUAAAACUUUACAAAAGCAUCAAGAUGAACGAUCUAUCGCCAGUGCAGGAAUACUACAAGGAUAAGACGAUCUUCAUCACGGGCGCAUCUGGCUUCAUGGGCAAGGUGCUGCUGGAGAAGCUGCUCUACUCAUGCCACUCGCUCAAGGAGGUGAUCAUCAUUUGCCGCCCGAAGCGCGGCAAGACGCCCGAGACCCGGCUCGAGGAGAUGUUCAAGCUGCCCAUCUUUCAGCGCAUUCGCGACGAGCGUCCGCACAUGCUGAAGAAGGUGACCAUCUACCAGGGCGAUGUGACCUACGAUUUGCUGGGCCUGAGCGGCGAUAGCCUCAAGCAUGUGGUGGACAAUACGAAUAUUGUCUUCCACAUGGCGGCCACCCUGAAGCUGGAGGGCAAUCUGAGGGACGCCAUCGACAUGAAUCUGAUGGGCACACAGCGUGCGCUGAAUGUGGCCAAGCAAAUGAAGCAACUGGAGGCAUUUGUGCACCUGUCGACGGCAUUCUGCAACUGCGACCAGGAGGUGAUGUACGAGAAGGUCUACGACUUUCCGCACAAGCCCGAGGAUCUGAUGCGCCUGGCCGAGUGGAUGGAUGUUAAGACCCUGGAUGCCAUUACGCCCGAUCUAUUGAAGCCGCAUCCCAAUACGUACACCUAUUCGAAGCGUCUGGCUGAGCUGCUGGUGCGCGAUCAUUACGAAACCAUGCCGGUCAUCAUAGCACGUCCCAGCAUCGUUACGCCCGCUGUCGCGGAGCCGUUGCCGGGCUGGGUAGACAAUAUGAAUGGACCCACGGGCGUUUUGAUUGGCGCUGGCAAAGGUGUUAUUCGCUCCAUGAUCUGCAAUGGGGAGCUCAAAUCGGAGGUGAUACCGGUGGACAUAGCUAUCAAUGGACUGCUCUUGAUACCCUAUCAUAACAGUCUGGCCAAGCAAAAAUCUCUUCAGAUACCUGUCUACAACUUAACUGUGGAGGAGGCCAAGAAGCGCACUUGGAAAUGGGUUAUGGACGUGGGUCGCGAUCUGGGCCUUAAAUACCCAUUCGAGGUGGGCCUCUGGUAUCCCGAUGGCAAUAUGACGACCAACAAGUUCUAUCAUACCUUCUGCACCAUCAUGUUCAUGUGGCUGCCCGCCUAUAUCAUUGACUUCCUUCUGGCGCUUUUCGGACAACGUCGCUUUAUGGUUCGCGUUCAGACAAAGAUAUCGGUGGGUCUGGAAGUGCUGCAGUUCUUCACGACACGCAGCUGGGAUUUCAAGUCGACGCAUUUUCAGCAAAUCUAUAAAGAUAUAUCUGAAGAAGAUCGCAAAAUUUUCAAAAUCAACACAGACGAUGUGGACGAUUACGAAUAUCUGAAGACUAGCAUUUUGGGCGGCCGUCAGUAUGUCAUGAAGGAGCCUAUGACCUCAUUGCCAAGGUCCCGCAUACAGCUGCGAUUUUUGUAUGUAUUGGAUCGCGUUUGCAAGACGGUGAUACUGUGCGGACUACUCUAUUGGACCUCCAUGAAAUUGGGCCUGAUCGAUCUGGUGCGUUACGGCAUUUCGACAGUCAAGCAUAAAAUGAUUGUGGAAAAAGUGCUGGAGCGUGCUACCAGAUCGGAGCUGUACAGCGCUCUGGCCCUGCUGGUGCUCUCGCUGAGCAUUUACACCUUCUACACACAGCUGCAAACGUAUCUGAGGUCCGUGCUGCUGUCCCUGCGUCUCUCUGGACCGCCGACGCUGCCCUUUCUGGGUAACUGUAUGCUGAUCAAUGAGAAGGAUCUUAUGCGAAAACGCGCCGCGAACGCCUUCGAUCUGUAUGGCUCGCUGGUGCGCAUUUGGGUGCUGCUGUUUCCGUUCUUUGUGGUGCUGCAGCCCGAGGAUCUGCAGGUCAUACUCUCCUCCAAGAAGCACACCAACAAGGUGUUCAUCUACAGGCUGAUGCACAACUUUCUGGGCAACGGUCUGAUCACCAGCAGCGGCGACAAGUGGAGUACCCAUCGCAAGCUCAUACAGCCCGCAUUUCAUCUCAGCCUGCUGGAGAAGUUCAUUGACACGUUUGUGGAUGCAUCGCAGUCGCUGAACGAGCAUCUGGAUGCCUCGGCUCUGGACAUGGAAGUGAACAUAGCCAAAUAUGUCAACAACUGUGUGAUCGAUGUGCUAAAUGAGGCUGUGCUUGGCGUGCCCAUCAAGAAGAAGGGCCUCAUGGAGGAUUCGCCGUUUCGCAAGGGCAAGCUGAUGAUUCGCGCACGCUUCUUGCAUCCCUGGCUGCUACUGGACGCCAUCUAUCAGCUGACAUCGCUGGCCAACGAUGAGCUGAAGCAGAAGAAGCGUCUGAACGAUUUUACGCGUCAGAUGAUUAAGAGACGUCGUGAGAUAAUGGCCGAUGCGGCCAACAACAAUGUGGAGCGCAAAUGCUUCCUGGACUACAUGAUUGAAAUCUCCGAGAACAAUCCGGACUUUAGUGAGGAGGACAUUGUCAAUGAGGCGUGCACCUUUAUGCUGGCUGGCCAGGAUUCGGUUGGCGCUGCUGUCGCCUUCACCAUCUUUCUGCUCGCCCAGAAUACGGAUUCGCAGGCGCAGUGCUAUGAGGAGCUGGAGCGCAUCUUUGACCAUACCGAUCGUGCGCUUACAAUGAGUGAUUUGCGCGAGAUGCGCUACUUGGAGAUGUGCAUCAAGGAGGCACUGCGUCUCUAUCCCAGCGUGCCGCUCAUCGCCCGCAAGCUGGGCGAGGAAGUGCGCUUGGCCGACUACACCUUGCCGGCGGGCAGCAACAUCUUCAUUUGCCCAUAUGCCACACACCGACUGGCGCAUAUCUAUCCCGAGCCGGAGAAGUUCCAGCCGGAGCGUUUCAGCACAGAGAACAUGGAGCAGCGGCAUCCAUACGCCUUUAUACCGUUCAGCGCUGGACCGCGCUACUGCAUUGGCAAUCGGUUUGCCAUCAUGGAAAUCAAGACAAUUGUAUCCCGUCUACUGCGCAGCUACCAGAUCCUGCCCGUGCCAGGCAAGACCACCUUCGAGGCCACAUUCCGCAUCACUCUGCGCGCCUCGGGCGGUCUGUGGGUGCGGCUGCGGCCACGCCAGCAGCAGCAGGAGACGAUAUAGUGGGAAAGCAAUAGGAGUCGAUUAGUGUAGGUAACGAGACGAAGCCAAUUGGUCAAAAAUCUAUCUGGAGUAGCGAUGUGAGAAGUGGGUCUACGUCUUCGUUGGUUCCUUUUCGCGUAGCUUUACUCAGCGACUACAUUCGAGAAGUUUGAGGCGACUCAAGUGAAGUUUAAGUAGAGCUCAAGCAAGGCAACGCUUCUUU